CUCAGCUAGCUAUACACAGACACAGUUGGGUAGUUGCUCAUCAGCAGCUCCCGGUCGUCCGCCUUUCUUUCCCCUCCCCGUUGCCCCCCGGCUUAGGAACCCUCGAAUAGACGCCUCACCAUCUCCUUUGUGUCCUUGCUAACUAACUCCUCAUUAAAACCUUCUUCUUCCCCUCUCCUCUUCCGCCUCGUUGCUUAAUUAGCUAGCUGGCUGGCUGGUUAGCCUCGCCAUAUAUACAUACCCAACGCCGCACACGCGCACGCAAACGAGAGCACCAACCGGGCCAAGAAAGCUAGCGAACUCCGGCUAUUAGGUGCGUCGAAUUGAAGAAGAAAGGCCGGGCAUAUAUCGGCCGAUAUAUGCAGGGUUGUGAUCACGGAGGAGGGAGCCUGGGCAUGGACAUGGGCGUGGGGUUCGCUGGCGGCGCCCAGUGCUCGUCGUCUUCGGCGACGGCUGCCGCCGCCGCCGCUGCAGCGGCGGAGGCAGAGGAGCGGCAGCUGCUCAAGGGGGAGAUCGCGGUGCACCCGCUGUGCGAGCAGCUGGUGGCGGCGCACGUGGGUUGCCUGCGCGUGGCGACGCCCAUCGACCACCUCCCCCUCAUCGACGCGCAGCUGGCGCAGUCGAGCGGCCUAAUCCACUCCUACGCCGUACACCACCGCCCCUUCCUCUCCCCGCACGAGAAGCCCGACCUCGACUCCUUCCUCGCGCAAUACCUGAUGCUGCUGUGCUCGUUCCGCGAGCAGCUACAGCAGCACGUCCGGGUGCACGCCGUGGAGGCCGUCAUGGCCUGCCGCGAGAUCGAGCAGUCCCUGCAGGACCUAACCGGCGCGACGCUGGAGGAAGGCACGGGGGCGACCAUGUCGGAGGACGAGGAUGAGCCGCCGAUAAUGGAGGUGGCGAUGGAUAUAGGCUCGGACGGGCACGACAUGAUGGGCUUCGGCCCGCUCCUCCCCACCGACUCCGAGCGCUCACUCAUGGAGAGGGUCAGGCAGGAGCUCAAGAUCGAGCUCAAGCAGGGUUUCAAGUCAAGAAUUGAGGACGUGAGGGAAGAAAUUAUGAGGAAAAGGCGGGCCGGGAAGCUGCCUGGCGACACCACCAGCAUCCUCAAGCAAUGGUGGCAGCAACACUCCAAGUGGCCAUACCCCACGGAAGAUGAUAAGGCAAAGCUUGUCGAAGAGACUGGCCUGCAGCUGAAACAAAUCAACAACUGGUUCAUCAAUCAGAGGAAGAGAAAUUGGCACAACAACUCUCAGACGUCAACCCUGAAAUCAAAGCGUAAAAGGUGAGAGCUAGAUGCAAAAUGUAUAUCUGACCAAAUAUACCAACUAGCUAAUCAAACGAAGCUCGAUAAUGGUGACCCAAAAAAUAAGAGGAUCGGUCGAUUCAACUGUAUAUCUAGUCAUUAGUCAGAGGUGACAAAUUGAUGGCAUAUAUACAUACUAGUCUGACCACUGGCGUAUUUGUUUGUUGUGAUUUUUGAGCUGAUAUGCUCAAAGCAUACUAUUCUUGUUAUUGGUAGUCUUAGUUUGUCCCGAGUGUACGUACAUAAUCCGUGGAUUAAUUCAUUUCAUGUCCACAUAUAUAGUGACCAUCAACUGGCAGAAAAUUUGAAUUCA